AUGAUUGGCGGUGUUUCUAAUCCAGCAGAGCUGGCCUUUUUAACCGCUGGCAAUGGGAAUGGCAACAAAAUGAAUCUGAAAGUUGAAAUUCUGGAGAACUUGUUGCGAGCUAGUGGAGACGGAAACUCGGCUAAAAUCAACUCGCUUCGACAGGCAAUCCAGAGAAGCAAGACUGAUAUGGCGGAGAGUUUGUCAGACUCGCUGGACCUGCUUCGACAGGUGUUCCAGAACGAGAUGACAGAAGAGAUAAAACAAGUCAUCGAUAGGCAUCUGAGGACAACUUUUGCUCCAGCGUUCGAGAAUCUUAAGAGGAACGGUCAUGAAGUAAGUGGGCACCGUGCACUGUAAUAAACAAUCUUUUCAAAAUUUCAAUUUAAAACGGUACGAUUAUCUAUUAAAACUAACAUUUUAAGCACAUUUCCCGAGACUGCAUCAACGAACUGUGUCUGAAUAUUCUGAAUGGGGCCAAAGAGCCUUUUAUCAGUAAGAUUGAAAGCGAUGUCAAGACUUGUGUCCCCUCUGGGACGUUGUUGAAGCGUAGGAAGGAGAAUGUGGACGAAGACAGGAAGACUUACGAAAGUGAUGACAAUGAAAGUGACACCAGUAUGGCUAGUUUCAGUACCAAUAGAACCAACAAUGGAAGAGGUACAUUCUAGUCCAUUUUUAUAUUAUUAUAUGAAAGUAUAACCUACAAUCUUGUAGAUGUUUUAAUUAAGUUAGACUAAUCUUUCAGAGAUCCUUUUGGGUAUAUGUAACUUGCAGUAUGAGUACAUUGUAAUUUUUUUAAACACUUUUCACUAUAUUUUAGAUACAACUACGUUUUCUGAUCGGCCGAAGAAACGUGGUCGGCCACGCAAAGUAAACGUGGAUACUGGUCGUUGCGGUACACCUGUGAUGAAGGGUACUACUCCAGUUUCUUUUGCCGAAGUUUGCAAAGUAAGUAUUGACAGUAAAACACUGUUAAACUUAUAAUCCAUUUUACACUUAAACUUUUACCGUUCCCACCUUUGCCAGAAUGUAAAUGUAGUGUUUUUAGUGGAAUCCUGACAGAAUAACUCCUGAUGUCAAGUUUAUUCUUGGCUCUAAAGUUAGCAAACUUCUGAAUAUGGGACAUCGUGGACACAUCUUCGUAAAGUACCCACGGAUGUUCAGGUAUGUUUGUGAUGACGAAGACAAAGCGUGGCUAUUCGACCGAAACAUAUCGACCAGAAUGAGCGGAAAGGUGUUCUUCGUGGUGUUAGAAGACGCGUUGGAGAUUGCUGUUCAGGAAAACGCACCGUAAGUCAACGAUCCUUAGGUCUCUGUGAUUCUAUUAAUAUUUAUGAUAAUUUCAAUCAUAAUGCAUUUCCGAAUGAUUGCAGAACUUAUCUUUGUUUACAGAGCAAAUAUUCAAUCAGAAUUCUACCGCUACGUCUUCCACGUGCCGGAAAGGGUAAUGUUGAAGAUGAAGAAGUUGAUGUUCAAGCCCUUCGAAAGUCUCAAGACUCGUGUUGCUCAGACAGCUUCUCCAAUGCAGACCUCCCCUUUGUCUAUGAACCGGUCCUUCUCUAACACCCCCAACCUAGCCAAUAUUAACUUGAACAACAUGAUGAAUGUCAUACAACAGCAGCCCAACGCCUUGCCUACAGCUAGUGUGCCACGGCUGAUGGACGAUGACAAAGGAUUUCCGUUUAAUUGA